CUGCUUACUUGCCUCGAACCUGCCAUUAGUUCACACGACAUGAAACUCUGGUAUUCCUCGACCAAUCCUACUGCAACUUCCCAUGUUCUGCCUUCGGGGUUCAGCAACAACUUCCGAUUUAAAUUGAUAGAUUUAAUAAGGAACCGAGCCUCCUCAACCUGCCCCAGUACAGCUGUUAUCUCGAUCCACCAUGUCAUCUUCCAAUAUCUUACGCCGCGCAUCAUAUUCCCUCAAGCCAACAUCAAUGAUUCAUCGAACACCUUGGAGGCCUCCUGUCGCCAAGUCUGCCCAGGGAAUCUAUAUUGAACUCGAAGAUGGACGCCAGGUCAUAGAUGCUGUUGGAGGUGCUUCUGUGGCGUGCAUUGGAAUGAGCCAUCCUGCGGUACGACAAGCCAUCAAGGAUCAAGUCGAACGCCUUCCUUAUGUGUACAGCAUGCAACUUUCGAACCAGCCGGCGGAGGAACUAGCUGAUCUCUUGACUGAAAGCGGGAAUGGCGCGUUUGAGCUGGUUGGACUCGUCUCCGGAGGAUCGGAGGCUAUGGAGGGUGUUAUUAAGACGGCCAGACAGUACUAUCAUGAAAGAGAUCAGCCUCAACGAAAGAACUUCAUAUCAAGGAAGCUGUCUUACCACGGGAAUACCGUGGCUACCCUUUCACUUUCGUAUCAUCCCGGGCGGAGAGCCCCAUAUGAAGCUAUACUAAAUCACGACAACUUCCAUCAUGUCUCUCCUGCGUAUGCCCAACGUUUCCAGAGAUCCGAUGAAACGGAGGAACAGUAUGUCGAACGAUUGAAGAAGGAAUUGGAGGACAAAUUCAUUGAAUUGGGACCUAACACCAUCAUCGGAUUCGUUGCGGAGACAGUAGUGGGUGCCACUACUGGUGCCGUUCCUGCCCCAAAAGGCUACUUCAAAGCCAUGAAAGAGGUUUGUCACAAAUACGGUGCCCUAUUCAUUCUUGAUGAAGUUAUGAGUGGGAUGGGACGAAUGGGUACAAUGCAUGCUUGGGAAUCGUUUGGUGACGGUGAAGCCCCUGACAUCCAAGCCGUAGCAAAAGGACUUGGUGGCGGAUACGCAUCCAUCGGCGCUGUCUUAAUAUCCAAAGAAGUGGCUCAAGGCAUCCGGAGCAAGUCUGGUUUCUGGAAACACGGACACACUUACCAAUCGAGCCCACUUGCGUGUGCGGCCUCCAUUGCGGUGCAGAAGGUGAUCGCAGCCGAAAACCUCCUUGAAAAUUGUCGCAAUCAAGGCGCCUACCUUGCAAGCCUACUGAGGAGCCGCCUACAAGGAGAAAACUCUAUGGCGUCGCCAUACACAUUUGACAUACGAGGGGGGGGUUUGUUUUGGGGUAUUGAGUUCGAUUUCGACACACCCGAAGCUGCCGGAAUCGACCUAAAAGGUGAAGGUUUCGCAAUGUUAGUGCAGGCCCGAGCGCUGGAAAAAGGUUUGGUUAUUAUGGGUUUUACGGGCGGUUCCAAUCUGGAAGGUGAUAAGGGAAGCCACAUCCUACUUUCUCCUGCCUAUAAUGUGACCAAGGAGGAGAUUGAGAAGAUUGUCGAUGUGUUGGUUGAGACAAUAGAGGAGGUUCUCGUACAGCACAGAACCUAA